AAAACAAACAAUCAAAUAGUACUAAUUUAACCCCUUGACAUUGUAGCUAGCUUGGUUUAUUUUAACAUCUCACCCAAAUCAUUAGCAAGUUUGUGAUCCACUUCAACAUCACAACAGAACUAUCAAGAAGAAAAAAAAUGCAUGAAUUUGAUUACGAAGAGCUCGAAGCAGCCACCGAGAACUUCGCUUCCUCCCGGAUCAUCGGCAAAGGAAGCCAUGGAUGCAUCUACAAAGGCACGCUGAAGGACGGAACGCUUGUCGCAAUAAAGAAGCAAUCGCUCGGGCUUCAAAAGCUUCAGGACAACUCGAAGCUCGACAACGAAAUCCGAAUACUGUCAUCUCUCCCCCCGAACCCGUAUCUCAUCAGCCUUCUCGGAACGAGCAACGACUGUGCUGGGAACAGAGUCCUCGUCAUGGAACACAUGCCGAACGGGUCUCUCCAUGACCUGCUUCAUGCGGCUCCGAUCCCGCCUCCAUGGCCGAAACGCGUCCAAGCGGCCAUCCAGGUAGCCAAAGCCGUGCAGUUUAUCCACGAGGCCGAGCCCUCGGUUAUUCACAGAGACAUCAAGUCUGCCAACAUAUUGUUUGAUGUGGAUUGGAAUGCUAGGUUGGCGGAUUUCGGCCUCUCUGUUAGGCAAUCAGGUCAGCACGUCGACUCAGACAGCCCGCUGUGUCGACCUGCUGGCACGAUCGGGUACUUGGACCCUUGUUACACUGCACCAUGCAGGCUGAGCACGAAAAACGAUGUGUUUAGCUUCGGGGUGGUAUUGCUUGAGCUCGUCAGUGCUACGAAGGCCAUCGAUGUUUCAAGAGAUCCUUCUUCCAUUGUGGAAUGGGCAUUGCCGCUGAUCGAAGAGGACAGAGUGGAAGAAGUCUGCGACGAAAGGGUUACUUUGCCCGCGUACAUGGAAAGCAGGGUACGACACAUGUUGCGCAUCGCCGCGCGUUGCGUGUCGUCCGACGAGGAUCACCGUCGUCCGUCGAUGGGCGAAGUCGUCGACGAGAUGGAGAAUUGUUUCGUCGAGCGCGUUCGUUUCUCUCUCUGGAUCGACAUCUUGGACGCGUGCUUGAAAAGGAGGCCGCAGAGAGCGGUCGCGAAACAAAAAGGCGACGCAGUCAUCGUCGCCGCGGCGGCCGCCACCACCGUGACAACCGGUCAUGGCAAGAUGUUGCUGAGGGAGGUGUUGGCUGAUAUCGCACUGGAAUGAG